AUGGUACGGUGGCUCUUGUGGCCACUGUUAGUGUUUCAACUAGUCAGUUGCCAAUCGCUUCCGCAACGAAUAGUUGAAGCUCCUAAGGAUACGCAUGCAGCAGUCGGAGAAACGGCGAUUUUGACGUGUCGAGUCGAACAUCAGGUACGUGUCAGACAUUGUUGCCGAAAUGAUCGAUGAUUCUCUGUCUCUCAAUUCCGGGUUGUCCUUUUCUUUUUUAAAAUGAGUUUUCGGGAGGGCAUUUUGAAUGAAGUGCCAACUUUUUUCCUGAUUGUGUUACUUUUCUGCAAGAAAAGGAACUGCUUUUGAUUUUGAUUUACAUGUUGAGCGAGAAACCAAAUAUGACUUAUUUACUUUCAGCAAGGUCCGGUUCAAUGGAUGAAAGACGAUUUCGGUUUGGGAACGGACAGGGACAAACCACUGCCAGGAAACAAAAGAUACCGAAUGAUUGGCAGUGCGGCGAUGGGAGAAUAUAAUUUGGAGGUGAAAAUUUGAAAUCUGUAUUCUGAAUGCAACCGCAAAUAUUACAGAUCUCAAACGUGACCUUGUUCGAUGACGACGACUUUGCCUGCCAGAUUUCAGAGUCAGAUCAUGCGAAAGCAGUUGUUUCGAGUAAAGCAAAGCUCACGGUCUUAGGUGAGACCAUCCGAAAAUCCAAAAGUGCAAAAAGUACACGCUCACCCAUAUCAUUACACUUUUGAGUUAGGCAUCACUUUAUCUCAGUUUCACUUUAUUUCAUUUCACUUUUUCGUGUGAUGGCGAGCUCGCAAAGGGAAUUCAAAUGACGGAUAGGCAGUUCGCGCGAUCGCUGCCAAUUAAUGUCAUCAUAAACGUGCUGCCAGUGCCAAUUUAUCUUUGGAGUGGCUGUUGAGGGUUCGGCUCCGCGCGCGCGCCUCCUGUCUGCUUUGCCGCGUUCGCUGAUAUGGCAGCUGCUCGGCGGCACACAAAAACAUUGCCGCUUCACAGAGGGAGCUCGUGUGGGCACGCGAUUUCGGUGUAAAUCUCAUUGUGAAGAACCGCCGGGUCAUCAUCCUAACAAAAUGUGGUUAAAUAUUUCCGCUGGAUUUUGCGGCAAUUGAAAUGGGAAAAGAGUCACGGAAAUUAUUGAGUUAUUGGUCUUUCAGUGAGGCCGACACCACCAAAGAUCUUGAAGAGUCAUCAUUCUCUGAAGGCUGUUGCUGGGGAUCCAAUCACGCAGUCAUGUCUGUCCCGGAAAGGCAAACCACCACCAACGAUCGGGUGGGCGAUCGCUUCUGAUGAACAUGGAAAACAUAUCAUUUCGUGGUUGGGCGAAUCGAGAUCAAAGUUCGGCGGAAUCCUCAGUAAGACCUAAGGAUUUUGUCUUCUCCGAACAAAAAAAAUUGCAGCAAAGCCGGAAAUCUCCCAAGAAACAGUGAUUGCGCAUGUGAAUGAGACGACUCAGGUUGAAAAUGGAGACCAAAAUUCUAGAGCCGAGUCGAGCAUUUAUAGCAUUUUGAGUAAUUUAACGUAAGUCUCUUUUUGAGUAUCUUCCGUGCACUUACAAAUUUUUUAGGUUCAUUCCAAGGCCCGAAGAUGACCAUAAAUACUUGAUAUGUAUCAGUCAACAUAUGACAUUCCCGGACAAGGUACGUGCUUUCAGUUUUGCAUUCAUUUUUCCACUGCAUUUGUAGAUCGAAAUGGAUUCGGUGAAACUUUCGUUGCGUUAUGCACCUCAAGUCAAUCUGACCGUCGCUUCCAAACUGCCUUUGAGGGAGAACGGAUCUGCUCUUCUUGCGUGUAACAUCAAUGCGAAACCCUUGGAUCAUUUGAAAAUUAACUGGUACAAAGGCAAUCAAAAGCUGAAGGAAACUGGAGAUGUGAGCGACUUCCUUGAAUGAAAAACUUUAUAAGGUUUUUUCAAUUUUUCAGACAUUGACAUUUGAAACCAUAAAAAUGGAGGACCAUAAUCGUGAUAUUUACUGUGAGGCAACGAAUGAAAUCGGAACAACUCGUGGAUCCCUGAGAUUGAAUGUCGCCUGUAAGUUCAUUUCCGUUCUUUCAUCUGUAAGUUUAGUCAAUCAUGAAACACGCGUUCUUGCGUCACAUUUUUUAAUUGUACAAAUUUCCAGCUCAGUUAGCUUGAGCAAGUUUGAUCUGAUCAGAUGACGAGAAAAACGCUCCUAAUGUAUGAUUUUGUAGCCUCUCGUUCGAAAACCAAAAUACAAGAGAAGAAGAGUAAUUCAAAAAUGAAUGUUUUCAGUUGAAGCACGGAUUAUGUCAACUUCACAAGAUAAGGAAGUGAAUGAAGGGGAUAAUGCGUUUUUUCACUGUGCAACACUCGCUAAUCCCGCCCCAAAUAUCUUCUGGACUCGCGGUGAUAGUGAAGAAAUCAUUGGGCACGGAGAAAAGUAUGAAAACACUGGCUUAGGCUCGUUUUGUACAGGUCAUGAUUUGCAGUUUCACUCUGGAGAACGUGAGAACGUGGCAACAAGGCAACUACAAUUGCACUGCCACGGUCGAGGGUUUCCGUAAACAAGUACUAUCACAUUAUCUUCAUAUCAGAGGUCUUCAUAUCACACCACUGAAAUCAAUGUUUUAUCAUCCGAUUACAGGUCCGCCAACCGUUUCAAUGCAAGAUGAAGUGUCCGCUUCUCUCGAUGAGGCAGUUGAAGUGGUUUGCGAGAUAAGCGGCCGGCCGAAGACUAACAAUGUGAAAUGGACACUGAACGGCAAAGAAAUCAACUUCAAUAAUGGACGGAUUACGGUAAGAACUUCAGAAGGAAAGACAGAUUGGGAAUUGAAUCGGUUCAGGUUCAUCAGUAUCCAAAACCCUACGGAAAGGAGAGCAUUUUAAAGAUAAAAGACAUGAAAGAAGAAGAUUUUGGGGUGUACAAUUGCUCCGCCAACAAUGGAUUAGGAUUUGACAACCGAGGCACACUAGUCAAGAAACGAAAUUUCCUCGAUUGGAUUGGUGAGACCGAAACAUAUACAUAAUCUCAAUCUUAUUUUCAGUCAUUACAGCCAAGUUUGAUCGGAUGAUCGCACUGGCCAUAAUCAGUGCUGGCGUACUUUUGGUUUCCCUGCUCUGCUGCAUUUGCAUGUGCAAAAAUAAUUGUCACUCCCGAAAAUCAAAGUUCAUCGGUAAGAAAGAAGCACAUUAUAUAUGUGCACAUAUUGGGUGAAUUUGAAGUUUCAGAUGAUCAAUCUGAUGUCACGGUAAAGUGCGAGGCAUUAGACGGACAGUAUUACCCCGAAAUGUACAGUAGUAGCCCGGUUGACAAUGUUCAUCUUUCAACAAAGGUACUAAAAGUUCCCAGUUUCUUGCAACAAAACUUAAUUUAGGACUACAUCUCGAUUCCACAGAACAAUCCGGAUUUGGAUUUCUUAGGAGCGCCAGGAUCCUUCGGGCCACCGGGCGGAUUAUAUCCAAAGUGCUUCAACAACUCGGCAAACGAAUACAUCUACAAUCGGUAUGAGCAUUCAUACGGCUCGUUUGGAAGUGGGCUCUCAACCCCUGGAGGUACUAACCAACACAAUAACUCCGUGUGCAUAACCCGUUUCUUUUCUCAUUUCAGGAGUUUCAGAUAUGUACGGCAUGCCGAUGGGGGACAAGUUGCCGGUCAUGGAGACCCUCCAGGAAGUGGAGACCCCCAAGACAUCCAACUACAACUUUUUGGCGUCCCCGGAGAUGAUCCGGCCUAUCAGCCGGACUUCAACACACGUGUAG